GCUCAAUAUUUUAAGCGAAAAAAAAGACAAGGAAACAAAAGCGAACACUACUACGCAAUGACAAAGAAAGAGACAAAGAAGAAAACAUUGUUAUAAAUAUGUAUGCAUGUUAUUCUACAUCAAAGUUUCAAUUUCAUAAACAUAUAUCAUAUACUAAGUUUCAUUUCUUGCAUAGCUAAAGAUCACGCACACAAUAAAAACAGAGGAAUCAUAUUCAUAUAUGAACAGCACCACACAACUUAUUGCCUCAACAACACCAUUUCAUGAUGAUGUGUUGAACAAGAUAUCGCAAAUUGUUGAAAAAGCUCGAAAGAAUCAGAAUACAAGGCGAUUGUUGAAGUCAGUUUUAAAGGAAUUAACUUCUUUGGUCCAAGAUAUAAAGCAAUACAAUGAACAUUUGGAUCACCCUAGAGAAGAAAUUAAGACUCUAUUUGACGAAAAUUAUGCAAUAGAAAGUGCAUGUGAAUGCUCUUGGUUCAGGAAUGAUUCAUAUGUUGCUGAUGAUGAUAAGGAAUCUAUUACUGUAAAGGAUGUUAAAGAGACACUUUAUAAGGUUAGAGAAAUUCUUGUGCUUCUUAGCAAUGAAAAUUUUGAACAGAAGUUCAAUGAAGCUGGACCACCAAUAUUCAAGGGUCCUUUUGGUGUUCCUGAAAAUCCAAAAUUCAUUGUUGGAUUGGAUAUACCUUUUAGCAAGUUGAAAAUGGAGCUUCUUAGAGAUGGUAGUUCAACUCUUGUGUUGACUGGUUUAGGAGGCUUGGGAAAAACCACUUUGGCUACAAAGAUUUGUUGGGAUGAACAUCUUAAGGGUAAAUUCAAGGAAAAUAUUAUAUUUGUCACCUUCUCAAAAACACCCAUGUUGAAGACUAUUGUAGAGAGACUGUUUGAACAUUGUGGAUAUCCAGUUCCUCAGUUUCAAAGUGAAGAAGAUGCAGUUAAUAGAUUGGGACUUUUGUUGAAGAAAGUUGAGGGAGGUCCACUAUUAUUGGUGCUGGAUGAUGUUUGGACAAGCUCCGAAACCCUUGUUGAGAAACUUCAAUUCCGAAUAUCAGAUUUCAAAAUUCUGGUGACUUCAAGGGUUGCAUUACCAAGGUUUAGCACAACAUGUAUCUUAAAACCUCUUGUUCAUGAAGAUGCAGUAAUACUUUUCCAACACUAUGCUCAGAUGGAAAAAAAUAGUUCAGAUUUUAUCGACCAAGAUCUUGUCGAAAAGGUUGUAACAAGUUGCAAAGGUUUACCUCUUGCGAUUAAAGUGAUUGCUACAUCACUCAGAAAUCGACCUUAUGACUUGUGGCGAAAGAUAGUGAAGGAACUGUCACAAGGUCAUUCUAUACUUGAUUCUGCUAAAUUACUUACUUGCCUCCAAAAGAUCUUAGAUGUUUUGGAAGAUAAUCCUAUAAUCAAGGAGUGUUUCAUGGACCUAGUCCUAUUUCCCGAAGACCAUAGAAUUCCUGUUGCUGCUCUCAUUGAUAUGUGGACAGAGUCGUAUGAUCUAGAUGACAACGGAAUAGAAGCAAUGGAAAUCCUCAACAAAUUAGGAUCCAUGAAUCUGGCUAACGUCUUAAUACCAAGGAAAAGUGCAAGUGACACAGAUAAUUACAACUACAAUAACCACUUCGUCGUUCUUCAUGAUUUUCUAAGAGAUCUUGGGAUUUACCAAAGUACCAAGGAACCAAUUGAGCUGAGAAAAAGACUGAUUUUUGACAUGAAUGAAAAUAAGUGUUUCGGGGAAAAGAAGCAAGGCUUGAUGCCCCGUAUAUUGUCAAAACUUCUGACAUUGUGUGUUAAACAAAAUCCACUACAGCUCGCAACCCGGAUAUUGUCUGUAUCAACUGAUGAAACUUGUGCAUCAGAUUGGUCUCAAAUGCAACCAGAUCAAGCUGAGGUUCUGAUUUUAAAUCUUCAUACAAAGCAGUACUUAUUUCCCGAUUCAAUGGAGAAAAUGAUUAUGCUCAAAGUUCUGAUAAUCACAAACUACGGUUUCCAUCCUUCUGAAUUGAAUAAUUUUGUGCUACUUGAUUCUUUACACAACCUGAAAAGAAUCAGACUCGAGCGAAUUUCUGUUCCUUCCUUCGGGACAUUGAAGAAUCUGAAAAAACUAUCGCUCUACAUGUGUACUACUAGAAUGGCUUUUGAAAACGGCAGCAUCCUAAUUUCAGACGCAUUUCCAAAUCUAGAAGAAUUGAACAUUGAUUACUGCAAAGAUUUGGUGGUAUUGCCUACUGGUAUCUGUGAUAUCACGCCUUUAAAGAAGCUCAGUGUUACUAAUUGCCACAAGCUUUCUUCACUUCCCCAAGAUAUUGGAAAAUUGGAGAAUUUGGAACUUCUGAGGCUCAGUUCAUGUACUGAUUUGGAACUGAUACCGAAAUCCAUUGGAAAGCUUUCGAAUCUAACACUUCUUGACAUCUCAAACUGCAUAAGCCUUUCAAGUUUACCUGACGAAUUUGGUAAUCUGUGCAAUCUAAGAAAUCUUUACAUGGCAGGCUGUGCAAGUUGUGAACUUCCAUUCUCAGUCGUCAAUCUUAAGAAUUUGAAGGUGAUAACAUGCGAUGAAGAGACGGCUGCUUCAUGCGAAGCUUUCCAAUCUAUGCUUCCCAAUAUGAAGAUAGAGGUUCCUCAUGUUGAUGUUAACUUAAAUUGGCUUCAUUAAAUGAUACCCUAAGGCCUCUUCUUUGAAUGGUUGUUGUAUCACCGGUUGUGUAUAGUGUUUGCCAAAACCACGGUGGUAUACCGUGAUUCUACCAAACUCAUUGUCAAUCCAAACAUUACCAAUACAUGUUUUCUAUAAGUUGAUCUUGUAAAAUAAUUUGCUACUUUGUUGCUUAAAAUAAGUAGUAAAUUUAGUUUUACCUUUAUAUAGAUUUUAUUGUUUAUGCUUGAA